AUGGAUGCUAUGACCCUUGUACAACAUUAUGGAAAGCUAGAUAUCUUCCUUACAAUGACCUGCAAUCCAUCUUGGCCUGAAAUAAAGAACCAUUUGCUUGACACAGAUGAAGCUCAGAAUCGGCCUGAUUUGAUAACACGGAUAUUUCGUGCAAAAAUAGAGCAAUUGAAAGAAGAUCUUUUCAAGAAACAUCUUUUUGGUCAUGUUGCUGCUUACACUUAUGUUAUCGAAUUCCAAAAAAGAGGUUUCCUACAUGCUCAUUUUCUGAUCAUCUUAAAGGAACAAUCAAAGAUGUUCUCGCCAGAAGAAUACGACAAAAUUGUUUGUGCAGAGCUUCCUGAUAGACACAAGGCACCAUACUUAUAUUCUUUGGUUAUAAAGCACAUGCUUCAUGGACCAUGUGGAUCAAUGAAUCCAAGUAAUCCUUGUAUGAAACAGAAUCACAAGUGCAAAAAUAACUAUCCGAAAGAUUUUUCAGAGUACACAAAGCAUGAAAAAAAUUCAUAUCCUAUAUACAGAAGACGGGAUGAUGGCAGCAAGAUCUAUAUCAAAGAACAUGAGUUAGAUAAUCGAUGGAUUGUCCCUUACAAUCCAUAUCUUCUUGCAAAAUAUGACUGUCACAUCAAUGUUGAAAUAUAUUCUGCCAUCGAAGCUGUAAAGUACAUCUACAAAUAUAUAUACAAGGGCCAUGAUAGGGUGAUGUACCAGUUGACAGCUGAGCAAGCAAAUCAAAUCAUUGAUGAGAUAAAAAAUUUUCAAUCCACAAGAUGGGUAUGUGCACCUGAACCUAUCUGGAGGAUAUAUGCUUUUGAUCUCAGUGUUAUCAAUCCAUCGGUUAUUUUGCUUCAUUUACAUCUUGAAAACUACCAAUCAAUGUACUUUGACGAGAAUCGUCCAUUGACAGAUAUAAUUACAGACGACAGGCUUUCACGAACAAUGCUAAUAGAAUUCUUUGCAAUGAAUCGGACAAAUGAACAUGCAGAAAGCCUUAAUCUUCUGUACAAAGAGUUCCCUCAGCAUUUUGUCUGGGAUGCAGAUGAUAGAAUAUGGUACACUAGAAAGAAAGGACAGGUCAUUGGGCAAAGCCUUAAUCUUCUGUACAAAGAGUUCCCUCAGCAUUUUGUCUGGGAUGCAGAUGAUAGAAUAUGGUACACUAGAAAGAAAGGACAGGUCAUUGGGCGUGUUAUAACAGCACAUCCGAUUGAAGGAGAGAGGUAUUAUCUCAGAAUAUUGCUCAUGCAUGUUCGAAAACCCACAUCUUUUGAUGACCUGAAAACAGUUAACGGUUAUCUAGCUUCUUCAUUUAAAGAAGCUGCAGAAUUGCGAGGAUUCCUUCAAAUAGACAACGGAGCCGAAGAGUGCUUUUCAGAAGCUGUUGUCUAUGGAAUGCCGCAAUGUUUAAGGCAGCUAUUUGCAGUCAUCUUGGUCCAUUGUUCACCAGCCGAUCUACAACAUCUUUGGUCAAGAUUUCGACCAUUCUUAUCAGAAGACAUUACAGCAGACUCUUCUCUAUCAGAAAAUGAAAUUAUCAUGAAAGUCCUUGCUUUGAUUGAUCAAUAUUUACAGAUAAUGGGAAAAAGUAUAAAGGAUUAUGGUUUCUCAGACUUUAUUCCAGAUUCUCGCUCUAUCAGUCUUACAAAAGAAAUACAAGCUGAAGCUGACAUACCUGUCUCCAAAGAAGAUUUAGCAGCAGUCUCUAUGUUCAAUCCUGGAUAG